AUGUCGCUGUUGUACCAAAGUUUUAUACUGGAUCGGAUCAUCGCCUUCUUCGAGGAAGAUUUUCUUUCACACGGAGAAGAGAAAAGGCCGCGAAGUUCACAGAGCAAACUUCAAGAAUCAUCAUCGACUGGGACCUCUUCGUUCUGUUUGUCGGCUUUUGGGAAGAUAAAGGUCAUGGACGACAUCGACGAUGAAUAUAAACGGCUUGUAGAACAUCUUCACCACUAUACAAGGAAAGCGAAGAGUUUCAAAACUUCCAAGAGACACCCGUCUCCGAAAACUCUAGAGCUGAUACGUCAGCGUGGAGCAGCACGAGCAGCAGGGAACCAACAACUCACGUCCGAGCUCGCAAGGUUUUGCAGAGAGGCGAUAAAGGAAGACCUUAAAGAGAGAAGAGCAGGAGUGCUGGCUGAAGCUGCAGAGGCGGGAAAAAGCAUCCGCUAUGCCCAUCGAGACUUCGCCAGUUGCAAGACGAGGAUGACUGUCCUCCGGACCCCAGAUGGAACAACUACAGCAUCGAGAAGGGGGAUGAAAAAGGUCAUUCACUGCUACUCAGAUCUCUUCGACAGCCACGUCCACUUGCCUCCUCACCAUCUGAGGGAAGAUGGACAUGUCAUUCCAGAGGUUCUCCCGUCCGGAAUACGACACGCUAUCAUGUCGGUGAAGAAUCGUACUUAA